AUGAGGGCGACGUUGGCUUUAAUAACCCUGUUGGGGGGCACGACGGUGUCGGCUCUAACAUCAGCACACAGACAUUCGCAUAAUAAAUUCCACAGGCGCGACGACAACAAUAUAACACAGACGAUUCGAGCGGACAAUUCCACCACAGACCCCACCGCAUAUGAUUAUGUCGUGGUCGGCAGCGGCCCUGGAGGCGGUCCACUGGCUUCACGGCUGGCGAUUGCAGGGUACAGAGUCCUCCUGAUCGAGGCGGGAGACGACCAAGGCGAGGCAACGUGGCAGCAGGUGCCGGCUCUACAGCUCCAGGCCACAGAGUUCACGCCGAUGCGGUGGGAUUACUUUGUCAACCACUACCAGGACCUUGCGCGGCAGGAACAGGAUUCCAAAAUGGUCUGGAAGACUCUCUCCGGAGACGAGUACGUCGGGAACAGUCCGCCAUCUGGCUCGACUCCCCUGGGAAUCUGGUACCCACGCACGGGAACCCUGGGAGGUUGCUCGGCGCAUAACGCAAUGAUCACCAUCUAUCCACACGAGAGCGACUGGAAUAAUAUCGCGUCAAUCACGGGUGAUAGUUCCUGGAGUGCCGGGAACAUGCGCAAAUACUUUGAGCGCUUGGAACGGUGCAGAUAUCUCCCCAACAGUGUCGUCGGCCACGGCUUUGAUGGUUGGUACGAGACCAGUCUCACGGAAUUGUCGCUGGCAGUCGAGGACCAGAAACUGUUGUCGCUCAUAAUCGCGGCGGGAACGGCAAUGGGUAAGGGUCUGCUCGGGAUGGUGCUCAACACGGUGGCUGGGUUGGGAGAAGUCUUGCUCAGAGACAUCAAUGCCGGUGUUCCCGGCCGGGACUCUCAGGAGGGCCUGUACCAGGUCCCAAUUGCAGUUACCGAGGUGGACAAGAAACGGAAUGGUCCGCGCGACUUUAUCCUCGACACCGCAAACGCCGUCAACGCAGACGGAUCGCGCAAGUACCAUCUCGACGUCAAGCUCAACACCUUGGUGACAAAAGUCCGGUUUGACACUUCUGGAUCCAAGCCGAAGGCCGUUGGCGUCGACUAUCUAGAAGGACAAAGUCUGUAUCGCGCCGACCCUCGCGCUGGCUCAGCAGCGGGUGGCACCCCGGGUAGCGUCAAUGCGAGUCGGGAGGUGAUCAUCUCUGGUGGUGCAUUCAACUCGCCGCAAUUGCUCAAAUUAUCUGGUAUUGGACCUGCUGCUGAGCUAUCCAAAUUCGGCAUCCCCGUGGUUGUCGACCUACCAGGUGUGGGAACCAACUUGCAGGACCGCUACGAGGCAACGCUUGUGGGAGACAGCAACACCGACUUUGCCAUCACCAAGGACUGUACCUUUCUCCGCACUGGGCCUGACCCAUGCUUGGAGCAAUGGCAAACUCAACCAGGUCCCUUUCUCAAAGGCACAUACGCGACCAACGGUAUUGCCAUUGCUGUGAUCAAAAAGUCGUCUGUGGCGGACGGGGAUCCCGAUCUCUUGAUUUCUGGUGCUCCCGCAUUCUUCACAGGCUACCAUCCCGGAUAUUCGAAUGAGUCAUUGAAAGACGCCCACCACUGGGCCUGGAUCGUUCUCAAGGCGCAUUCGCGAAACAGCGCCGGGACUAUCACCCUGCGUUCCACCGAUCCGCGCGACACGCCCGUCAUCAAUUUCAAUUACUUCGACACAGGGAUCACUACCAACGACGCCGACGAAAAGGACUUGCAAGCCACAUACGAGGGCAUGGAGUUGUCGCGCAAGAUGUUCCAAGACUAUAUACCCUUGCAGGGCACGUUUAAGGAGGUUUGGCCGGGGAAUAAUGCCACAACCGAGGCUCAGAUGAAAGACUGGAUAAAGAAAGAAGCCUGGGGACAUCAUGCGAGCUGCACAUGUCCUAUCGGCGCCGAUGACGACAAGAUGGCGGUCCUAGAUUCCCAGUUUCGUGUUCGAGGUGUUGACGGGUUGAGAGUGGUCGAUGCGAGCGUCUUUCCCAAAAUCCCGGGAUUCUAUAUCGUGCUGCCCACGUAUAUGAUUAGUGAGAAGGCAGCGGAUGUGAUUCUGAAGGAUGCUGCCAGCCUUUUGUUCAACGUCAACGGUGGCUAUUUGGAGGGCAUAGUUCGUGGCUACCGCAAUGCGCUACUUACGAGCACGAACUAUGGCAAUCUCACGCAAUGCGAAACGAUUGAAGACGUCAAGACCCAGCUCGGUCCUGCGUACGGCGAGGCGCUCUCAAACCUUCCUCCCAACCCCUCCACGUCGGCCCUGGCAAGCAAGACCACGGAGAAGCUAGUCGCCGACUUCAGAUAUCUCCAAGGACAGGCGACGGGAUCGUUGGCAAAAUUCAUGGAAUACCUCACAUACUCGUACAUGAUUGACAAUGUGGCACUCCUCAUUACCGGGACUUUGCACGAAAGAGAUACUAAAGAACUCCUGGAGAGAUGUCAUCCGUUGGGUUGGUUCGAGACAAUGCCAGUUCUUUGCGUAGCCACCAAUAUCGAGGAACUGUACAACUCGGUCCUGAUCGAAACUCCCCUGGCACCAUAUUUCAAAGGAAGUUUGAGCCAUCAAGAUCUGGAUGAGCUCAACAUCGAGAUUGUGCGGAACACCCUGUACAAAAACUAUCUGGAGGACUUCUACCGUUUCGUAAACACGGACCCCGAGAUGGCCAUGACUCCCACGGGAGAAAUCAUGUCAGAAAUCCUCGAAUUCGAAGCCGAUCGACGAGCUAUCAACAUCACCAUCAACUCUUUCGGAACCGAGCUGAACAAGGACCAGAGGAAGAAGCUCUACCCCGAAUUCGGAAAAUUGUACCCAGAAGGGAUGCUUAUGCUCUCGAGAGCGGACGACCUGGAAGGCGUCGGGCUUGCAGUCAGCGGUGUGGGUGACUACAAGCGAUUUUUUGAUGAAGUCGGAUUCAACCAAAGCAGCGGCGUGGGCGCCGGGAACAUGGCCGGAGGUGCGGGCAGUGAAUCCAAGUCCCUGGAGGACAUGUUCUACCAGAAGGAGAUGGAAUUCUCCAAGAUGGUUUUCACUCGACAGUUUACCCAUGCGGUUAUAUAUGCAUGGGUCAAACUACGGGAACAGGAAAUCCGAAACAUCACCUGGAUUGCCGAAUGCAUCGCCCAAAAUCAAAAGGAGAGGAUAGGAAACUACAUCAGCGUGUUCUAA